UAAAAGGCGGACUAGCGACCAGUAGUGUUCAUACAUUGCUCUUUCCUCGAGUGAGCACCACCUCUGCCAUCACCUACAGUACGGCGAUACACAAUUUCCUCCGCGACAGACCGUCAACCAGGUGCAGGAUGACUGUGGAGGGUGUGGGCUGGCGGCCUGCGUCAGUAGUGAUGAUGGCGGUGAUGCUGAGUGUGGUGGCUGGCCAAGACUCGCUCUUAUACCCCUCCGAUGUUCCCAUCUCCAUGGGUGAGACUCUCACCACCAGUACAGGUGAACUGAAGGUGGAAGACGUGACUCACACAACACCCCUCGGGACGGUGCUCGGGGUCAAGGAACGCACUAAGGGCAUCAAUCCCACCAACACAUAUUACUAUGCCUUCAGAGGAAUCCCCUUCGCUGAGCCACCGGUCGGAGGUCUGCGGUGGGCUGAUCCAGUCGACCUGUUGGGGACAUGGCCGGGAGGACACCUGAACGCCACCACCUACCGCUCCUUCUGUCCCCAGUACAACACUCAGAGUGGUAGAGUCUUGGGCUCUGAGGACUGCCUCUUCCUCAACGUGUUCACCCCUAACCUACCUGAGUCAGCCAAGGACAAUAACAAGGAAGGACUGCUGCCCGUGUUCGUGUUCAUCCAUGGAGGAGCUUACAUACGAGGUUCCUCGAAUGCCUUCGGUCCUUCCCGCCUCAUGGCCCAUGACAUAGUUCUAGUUACUAUCAACUAUCGCCUGGGAGCUUUGGGAUACCUGACGACGGAAGAUGAGACACUGGCAGGUAACUAUGGCACCCUGGACCAGGUGUCUGCUCUCCGCUGGGUGCAGGCCAACAUUGUUCACUUCGGUGGCGAUCCUUCACGAGUCACCAUAGGAGGAUUUUCAGCUGGGUCAGCCUCUGUCCACUUACAUAUGCUGUCUCCACUCUCACAAGGUCUGUUCCACGGGUGCAUCAUGAUGAGCGGCAGCAGCAGCUCUUCGUGGGGGUUGCAGGAACACAGAAAGAGCACUGCCGUUCAACUGGGACAGAAGCUGAGCUGCCCUUCCUCCCCGUCUGCUGCCCUCAAGUCCUGUCUCAUUGGCGUCUCCACCAACGACCUCAUCAUAGCUCAGGCCGCCAUGAACAGGUAUGAGUUCUGGCCCUUCCAAUUUUGUCCCGUGAUUGACGCGGGACUGAGGAAGUCAGCACUGUUGCCUGGCCCCUUUGAUUCCCUUAAGCCAUCAAAAGUCCCAGUGCUCCUGGGCUCCGUGCCCGACGAGGGGCUUCUCUUCGCAGGAUUUGUGAUCAUCAUGUCGAAGAUGCCCGAGAACAUUACCUCAGUUUACCGUGAAGCUGUGCCGUAUGUGUUACAAAUACCCCGAGAGGAUUAUCCGAAGGCUAUGACAGAUGCUGUAGAACGCUUCUACUUUACCCAACAUAUUAAGCUCUCGUAUAAUGAUUUCAUUGAGACGUUGACGGAGGUUUUAUCAGACGGCUACAUGACCUCCUGUAUAAAGAAAACCACUGAAUCAUUUGCUUCCGCUGGCCUCCCUGUGUAUAAGUACAUCUACACCCAUCGAGACCCUGACACCCCUGUAUGGGCAGCACCUGUCUACAAGAAGCUGAAACAACUCGGUGUUACUUCAACAAUAUUAACCGAAGGCGUCUCUCAUGGGGACGAUUUGUGUCUCCUGUUUAAUAUCCCACAAGCCCAGGGCAAGUUAUCUCAAAGGGACCAGAAGGUCUCUGACCUCCUCACCUCCAUGUGGUCUUCCUUUGUUACUACAGGAACGCCCCUGACGUCAAAGGACGCCUCUUUCAAACUGCCUCCCUGGACACCCGUACAACCUGGCGAGCCAAUUAAUUACUACAAGAUAUCCUUCACUCCAUCCAUGGUCUACACACCUUACAAGAAUAAGGAGAUGAAUUUUUGGAACCAGCUUUUACCCAGUCUAAACCAGCACCCCACCUGCCUGCACACUCAUAUCACCGAAGAAAUGAGCGAUAAAAAUAGUUGCAAUAUUCCAGACAAUGUCUAAUGUGCAGUCAUCGUACUGAACACUAUUUGUAGUCCAAUUCAGUAUCUCCAACUUUGGCAGAAGCGAUGUUUCACAGUAAAUUUCUUUCUAAGGUACUUAUCCACUCAGAAGUACAGGUAUUAGCAUACUCUGGGUGGCCACUCUAUCGUCACAAUAAAUAUCACUAAAAUACUAAUGAAACAAUGACUUGACAUUUUAUUUUGACAUUUAUGGAAAAUAUUCACAUAAGCUACUCACAAAACGUGAACAAAUAAGUAAAACAACAUAACUAUGUACACGUUAAGGAUCCUUUAUCUGAAAAGCUUUCGGUUUUGGAUGACUAGACUAAUUUGCAUAACAAUUGACUAAGCCUAUACAGGCCUGGUUCCAGACUCAUGUCUGACUGAAGCAGUUUACCUACUGUACAUACACUGUUAAGGCUAGCUGAGUGUUGAGAAGAAAUCCUGCACUAUGCCUUCUCAUCUAAGAUCACCAAAUCCACAGUAACGUCUAGGCUAUGGUGGAACAGUUAAGAAACAAAUUUCUAUAAAAUUGUACCCUACACAUUGUUCAUGAAUAAUAUCAAGAGCGAAUGAAAGAAUUAUAUUAGCCUGCUUGCUUCUCCACUCAAAUAUGUUCAGUCAUUCUUAAUAUUGUUUAAAUGAAACUCCCACUAAUUUUCAAUAAAACUUUAUAGACUUACUCUUAACAUGUGUUGUUGAUACUGUAAUGAUUAUUGAUACAGUAUUUACUUAAUGUAUUGUUUCUUGUGUCACUGGGUCGAGCAGAGGAGUGAGGCUUUAAUAAGAUGGGUCGAAAAUGUUGAGUGCUUUAUGGAAUAUGUAAUUUGUACAGCAGGGGCGGCCAUAACUUUGUGUGACUGGAUCUACUUUUUCCACGGUUAUCCUAACGUGAUCUACUAACACAAUUUUUCCGAGCCUCUACCACAUAAUGGAUAGAUUAUGAGUCUUAAUGGAGAGAGAAAGAAAUUUGGUGGAUUAUGAUGUUAGUGGUAUCAUUUUCUGUAGCAUUAUUAAUUAAAUAUUCCCCAAAUUUAAAUGUGUCCUUUCUUGUUAAAUGGCUACGAGAUGAAAAAACAAAACAUGUCAUGACUGUUGCUACCAAUAAUCACAUAUUUUAUUUUAGUAAUUAUGGACAGUGGUGGCAGGUACUGUACCAUCCCUGGCCACCUCUGGUAUACCAUAUACUGUACAGGAUUAAUAUUCCUGAAGGGCGUAGAUCCUUGGGGGAAAGAGGAGAGAUGCAUCUUUCCCCUAUAAAUGGGUUGCAGGGUUUCCUAUACAGUAUCUUUGGUGGUUCACAAAGAUAUCUUGUCUAUCCAACCCUAACCUAAUGUAAUGUAUCAUAACAUAACCAUACCUAAUAUUAUUAAAAUAUUAAAUCACUAUAGUAACUCCAUACAGUAUAAUCAUUCCACUACAAUUCAUGUCAUUCAGAAGGCAGUAUUAAAAACCUCCCAAAAUUUGAAAAACAAAAUUACAGUUUUUCUGUUUUGAUGUGUAAGAAUCAUUCUGGGAAAUAAGGUAGGCUGGGGUUGACGUUCAGUGUUGAUUACAGAUUUAAUCCAGACAAUGAGGUCAGUUAGAAUCAGCUGUACUUAUCCAGUCAGGACAUGACCAAUCCCCUCCUCUGAGGUGUGGCAGCUAGUGAUGGUGGGGUCAACCUGCUUCUGGUCAUGAAGGUUGACACAAUAAUAUUGGCAUUAUGGGUUAGCCUGUCAGGUCAUAUAUAAUAGGGGGGAGUCUCUGUCACAUCAAUUUUAUGAGACACAUCAUAGUGUGAACUUGAGGAUUUACUUUACCGGAAGACUUCAGAUUAAUCUGUUUAAAGCAAUAGGCUUUCAAAAAUGCUGUAAAAGAUAUAUUUUAUUAUGAUUAUGCUCAGAGGUGCAUUUCUACAAGUCCCAGAAGUCAUAUCCUUCUUUGUGUAUAAUUUGUAAGUUUAAUAUUUACUUUUCUAAUUUUUUUUCAUCAUUGUCUAUGAAUAUAUGUAUUGUAGUUUAAUGUA